AUGGACUACGAUUAUUCUAACCAACAACAAUCACCAAGACAAUGGUCACAACCGACUACAUCUGGUUUCUCAUCCCCAGCUUCCCCUACGCCGGGCUACUAUUACACCCCAAAUCAACAAUCGCCUUCGAGGCCAACUAGCAGUAAUUUAACGCUCAAUCUCAGCUCACUUUCAGUAACUUCACCGGUCAAUCUUGGCGUAUCCCCAAUAACACCAGUAUCUCCCACAAAUUUCAGUCCAGCUCAUCUCAGUCCGCAACCGCCUACCUUUCAAUUCAAUUUUGAUUCAACAGAAGACUCCUCUCUCUUACUAGGACAGCGUCGUCCAAGCACAGGUUCCCAUUCUACUUCAUCAAGCGAACUAGCAGUAGAGAAGAGCGUACCGCGUAAACGAAGUCUCACAAACACUGCUCCUCCUCCAACUCAUCAUACACACGGGCACUCUCACUCUUACGGCGGACACAUACUCCCACAUCCAAUCAUAACAACAACUGCUUCAUCACCGCCUUCGAUAAGCGAACCUUCUUCACAAGGUCCGCUCACGCCGGCUAGUUCACAGCCUUCGAAUCAGAUCGAUAUCAACGCAACUUAUGAUGAUCCUGACGGUAUAAGUGCUUAUUCCAUGGCAGAUCAAGGCGACAGCGACGACGAAGGCGCAAAAUCUAGCGCAGCAGGUCCUAGUUUAGGCGUCAUCGGUAAACCAAUGGGCACGAACAACUUUGUCACAAAGCUUUAUCAUUUCGUCGUUUCAAACAUAGGCGAAUUUAGCAGGAGCAUCCUCGGCUCUCAUUUCAAGCACAACAAUUUCUCAAGCUUUGUCCGCCAACUCAACAUGUACGGCUUUCACAAAAUCAACAGAACCCCACGCGCUCAACGCACAUCAACAACAUCCCAGACUUGGGAAUUCAGCCAUCCAAAAUUCCUCCGAGCACGUCCAGAUCUCUUAGACGCCAUCAAACGUAAAGCUCUCGAGCCUGACCCUCGUGAACGUGGACGCGUCGAACUCCCCGGCGAAGUCGCUCGUCUCCUAAACGACAUGCGAGAUGAAAACAAGGCCCUCUGGCGCGAGAUCUUACGUCUAGGCGGACGCGUCCCUCCUCACAUCGCAAACACCCUCUCCCAAUCUACUAGCUCGUCUACGACAGGCCCGAAAUUACAUAUUGGGGGAGACGAAGAGGAUGAAGACGGGAGCGAUGAGGGGUUUUCGUUUAAUGUUAUGGGGCCUGGUCUCAGUAUGGGCAUGGGUGGAGGAAGCGAGGCGUGGAUGAAUUGGGCGGGUGCUGAGAUGCGCCGUGAACGACGGAAAGUGGAGAAAUUGACCGGGAUCGUAAGAACGCUGUGCGAUGCGAUUGGAUCUGCAUCGCCAACGCUAAUCCACGAGCUCAACGCCCUAAACGCACCAAGCCCCUCCCCCUCCCCAGUCCCUCCAAGCCCAAUCCCAAGCGAGCACAGCCCCAACAUCUACAUCACCUCUCCCCCCUCUCCAUUGCCCUCACACUCACACUCCCCCUCGCAUUCGCACUCGUCCCAUCACAGCCAAAGCCAUGGACACAGCCAUCACCCCUCAGUCCCAAUGCUCAGCAUCCCCCAAUACGCCCUGCACACGUCAACCCCAUCUCCCACCUCCAGCGAGUUCUCUGCAUUUGGUCGGCACGGACACGGGCGUCAACCCAGUAUCACCCUGACGCCUACUCCUGAUGUAGACGCACAUGGGAUGCGGGAGGUAGGAAGGGAGAAGAGGCAGAGGAGGACGGGGAGUGUUGUUAGUGUGGGUAGUGUUGGAUCUUCGAUGGGUGGGUCUCCGAUGGUUUCUCCCAUGGCGGGCGGGUCCGUCUCUGGACUUGGUGGCGCUUCGAUGGGGGGAGAAGAAGAUGCCGAAGGGGAGAUGAACUUGAGUUUGGAUCUGGAUAUGGAUAUGGAUGUUGGGGGGAGCGGUGGUGAGAAGAAGCAACAGCAACAGCAACAGCAACAGAGGGCGAGGAGCGAUUCGGCGCCUACGUGGGUUACGGGCCAGAACGCUGGUGCUGGUGCCGGCGGGGGUGUUGGCGUUGGCGGGCUUACUGCGAAUUGGGGACGACCGAGGAGCGGGAGCGGGUAUGGGAGGUAA